CAACAAAAUAUGUCAUUGAUCAGCGAUCAUCAGCCCACUUCCAACUCACAUUCUGCUUCAAGAAGCUUGUGCAGAUGAGAGUGAUCGGAGGCGUCUUCUCUGUCCAGUUCUCUUCUGCUGUUUGGGACAUUCUCAGAACGUUGAGUAGGAAUUUAGGGCGCUUGAACGUUGCACCUUGCCUCGAUUCGCUGCAUCAGCGCAGUUCAGUGAGUGGGAUAAAUCUGUGAUGUAAGUUCUAUAAAGUUGAAGCCAGCUCUGGAGUGGCAGGAGCACCUGUGAUCGGGCGGCGGUCUCAGUUCCCGCCAAACAGAUUCACUUCACAGGGGAACAACCUGCUGGCUUGUGAGUGCAUCCUUAGUGGCACUCUAAUGUUUAGUUUGUAAAACGCUCAAAUCAUCAAAGGCCCCGCAACCUGGAAAUGCAGCUACCCAGCUCAGUGCAGGCGCCUUCUAGAGACACGCCAUAAUGUUCAAAUCUCAGUCUGCCGGCCCGCCUCCCAAGAGCAGCGCCUCCCCUCCGCCCUCCGUCAGGAUCACGGUAGGCCGACCGGCGUAUCGCCCUGGGGAGCAAGUGAUCGCUUCCAUCGACGUGCACAAUGAGCGGUUUGUGCAGCAUUCUCAGGCGAGGACGCCAAACGGUGGUUCUCAGAGCUCGGCCGUGGCAGACUUGCAGCAUGCGGUGCUUAUCAAGGACGUGUCUGUGGAGAUCAGGGGGAUGGAGAAGGUGGAUCCGACAUGGAUUAUGACGCCAAAGGUCAGCGGGGGUGGAGGUGGCAGGGGAGAGCGGCUCAUCCUGACAUCCGAGGUGACACCUCUUGCCUCAAACCUGCUUCUGAAACCAGGAGGCACCAAAACAUGGGCAAUUAGGGCCACUCUCCCCAAAGUCCUGCCACCAUCCUACCGCGGCACCGCUCUGCGCUAUGCUUACUUCAUCGUCGUCACUGUCACUUAUGGGCCUGUCGUCAUGGCGGCUGACGACCCCAGUAGCUCCGUUCAGCCUACACAGAGCACGCUCCCAGUGGUCGAACGGGCGCCCUUCAGAGUUUGGAGCCUGCCAGGCGCGAGCGGGCUCGGCGAGGAGGCGGAGGAUGGCAUCGAGCUCUACGAAGAUGGUGGCAUCGUCCCGACCAGCCCGGUCGAGAUUGGCAUCCUCUGCCGCGAAAAGACCGCCCGGUCGAAUUGGAUUGCUGCUGCCGAGGCCCUCUCCGGGGGGGAGGAAGACGACGGUGAUCCACCCCCCCGAAACGAAGCCUCCGCCUCGCAGCCUAUAGAAGUCCCCGCCAAGUCCCCAACCUUGAGAGCAAUUUCUUUGCCGGUCGACCGGACACCCUUCCCCCCCGGAUCUCCACUGGAUUCACGGGGAUCCCCCUCAGCCUUCUUCCUAGGAGGGUCGCAAAGCAUCCCCGCAUCCCGCACGCAGUCCAACGGCACAGAGCUGGCGGACGCCCCCAUUGCGUCCAAGAGCGGCAACGGCACCCCCGAACUAGAGCGGGCCAGCUCCCUCGACCUGCGCGCUUUCACUAGCACCCCCAUUCCGCCCGCUCCGGGCAUCUUAGCGCGGAACGACUCAGACGACAUGUCCUCCCCGCCCCCCUCGCCUUUGCUCUCCGCUAUAAGGGGAAGGACGUACAACAUCCGAAUAGGGGACCAGUUGCUGGUCCGCUUCUCUCCGCGAAACCCGGAGCCUGUUUACACUUUGGGGGACGCAGUCUCGGGAACCCUAGACUUCAGCGACCACCGGCCCGGCGAGCGGCGAUGUCUCAAGGUGUCAGUGACGCUCGAAACGCAAGAAAUCGUCACCCCGUCCUUCCUGCACCCCUCCCGCCGCGGCCCCUCCGGUUCUCAAAUCAUCCCAAAGGUACAGACCGAGUACCACGAGCUGUCCGCCGACCUCAUUCACACCCACUUUAUCUUCACCAUCCCGGGGGACGCCCCACAGUCAUUUACGACCCCCCUGGUCGACGUCAAGUGGACGCUCCGCUUCGAGUUUUUGGCGUCGCCGCAGGCGCGAACGGACGGAGCGAAACUAGAUAGGCGGGCACAGCAGGAUAGGAUCGAGAGGGCCGAAUGGGCGAUGCCGGUUUUAGUUCACGCCCCACUCGCAGCGGAAAAAGCACCCGCCGCAACGAAACGGCGGGAGGGCGGCUCGGCGCGGAAGGAACGGGAGGGCGGCUACCAGGCGACGUCACCCGGUGCAAAGUCGCUAAUGGGGUCGCCGAAGACGCUAGACUUUGGGGACGUGCCAGCCCCGCAGGAUGACGCUGUCGAUGAGAGCGAGCAGGAAAACGACCUACGCUAGGUUCUUAGUGCUUGCUUCACUCCCACCAUUUUGGUCGCUGGUAUCAUUUGUGCAACAAUAAAAUUGUUAAGUUGAGUAUCGAUAAUGUUGUUUCGCUCUUUCCGCGAGUUGCGGAAAGACAUCAAACCAGGUUGGCGACAUGAACUUCCACAUGGCUGUCUUUGGAUCGGCAAAAUCAGUCAGCCCGC